AUGAGCCCCCUCAUCGACUACGUCGUCUUCGCUGGAUGGAUAUGGAUCUACGUGGUCGCUACAGUCGUCACCAUCUUUCUUCUAAAGUGCAUCUACAACCUCUCUCCCCUACACCCCCUGCACACCUACCCCGGGCCCCGCCUCUGGCGCGCCUCCCGCAUCUUCGCCUCCCUCCACCACGCCCGCGGCGACCUCUACCAACAAAUCGCCCGCUUCCACGCACGGCAUGGCCCAACCGUCCGCAUCGCGCCCAGCGAGCUCUCCUUCACUGACCCAGCUGCCUGGGGCACAAUAUACAACUCCCGCCCUCAACUGCAGAAAUCCAAAUUCCAUUUCGGCGAGAGCGGCGAUCGGAGUAAACUGCCGGAUAGCAUGAUCGUCGCCACUGACUCCGAGCACAUGCGCCUCCGCCGCCUAGUCAGCCCGGCCUUCCUGGGCAGCGCGCUGAUGGACGUCGAGCCUGUCCUGCAGCGGUAUUCUGACUUGCUUUGCCACACCUUGGAAACGAAACGGGGCCAGGCGGUGAAUAUGGUCGAGUACUUCCUCUGGACGCUCAACGAUGUGAUUGGGCAGCUGGCGCUGGAUACGGAGUUUCAGUGUUUGGAGAAGGAGAGGAUGCAUCCCUGGCCUAGCUUUCUGAUGAAGAUAUUGAAGCAGACGGCUUUCUUCAAUCAGUUGAAGCGGUUUGGGUUCUCGUUGAAGUUGUUGGGACCCUUUCUGCCGAAACGGGUGAUCGAGGAGAGGGAUGGGUUCUUCUCGACGGCGCAGAACGCGGUUAGCGAACGCCUGGCGAGGGAGGAUGUGGAAAGUGAGAAAUGGCAGGGGAACACAACUGUGCAGGGAAGUGAACGACCGGAUAUCAUUGGGCUGAUGUUGAGAGAGAUGAAGGGGAGGAAGGGGGCGGAUCAUCAGGAUAAGAUGACGGAGCCGGAGAUCUUGAGUAAUUCGAUAUUGAUUGUGGGCGGUGGGGCGGAGACGACGUCGACGUGUUUGUCCGCGACGCUGUAUCAUCUGUGUAGAACGCCACGGGUGAUGGGGCGAUUACAGGAGGAGUUGAGGGGGAGGUUUGGGAGUUUGGAGGAGAUCACGAUUAAGGCGACGGCGGAUAUGGCGUAUUUGAGGGCGACGGUUGAUGAAAGUUUGAGGAUCUUUCCGGUCGCGAGCUAUAUCAAUCCGAGGGUUGUUGGGAAGGGUGGAGUUGUGCUUGAUGGGAACGUCGUUCCUGAGGGGACCCACGUAUCGAUGGCUCAAUGGUAUUUGGGUGGCUCAGAACGGUUCUUCGACAACCCCAAAGAGUUCCGUCCCGAGCGUUGGCUAUCAGAGAGUGAUGAGGGCGGUCUCAGAGGUGGAGCGCAUCAUGUCGAAGGCACGGACAGGCAUAUGAUGGACGAGGUGCUGAAGCCGUUCAGUCUCGGCCCCAGAAACUGCAUCGGCAAGCUACUGGCAAUCGCUGAAGCACGACUCGUGACAGCGAAGCUACUGUGGAAGUUCGAUAUCGAGCUAGAUGGCCCGCAAGAUGGCUGGGUAGACGGUGCGAGGUUCUAUAUAUUGUGGGAGCUUGAGCCUCUGAUGGUGAAACUGAAGGCUGUGCGGUAA